GCGCGCUCCCGGAUCAACAAGUAUCUUCCAUCUACAGUUCUUCUUUCUUUCUUUCUCUCUUGUGGGUUUUUUUUGCACGUUUGCGCGUGUAUUUGAUCGGUAAGGAGUCAGGAAAUUCAUUCCAGCAUGAAGAACAAGCGAAGAUAAGUGUUAAAGUGAAGAGUUGGAGAAUAAAAGCGUCAAAAAAAAGGCAAAAGAAACGCCGAAGUUUGGAGGACCGUUAUGCCCCGUUAGGAGAUUUAUUAACGCACGAGCCGAAGAGAACUUUGGAGUUUAUUUUUUCUUCUUCACGGAUUUUUCUUCGGUUCCCUUUUCAUUUUUUUUGGUCCAUCUUGUGGUGUGCAUGGGUUGUCGGUAAGAUCGCGCGCGCUCCGCGGGAUGGGAGCGAGCCAGGGCAAACAGAGCGGGAGUGAAGGGAAGGGCAGUUCCAGCAUUUCCUCCGACCUGAGUUCAAGUACGGAUCAGACGUCCACCAAAGCUCCGAAGAAUGUGGCUACCAGUGAAGACUCGGACGUGAGUAUGCGCACUCUGAGUACGCCCAGUCCUGCUCUCAUCCUUCCUCGCUCUUCGCCGGCCUUCUUCAAUGGCUCCUCGUUGUCCUUUGCACCUGAGACUGUUGGUCUCACUUACCCUCAGCGUGGUAUGUGCCAAUCCAAAGACCAUCAUCAGGGGGCACCUAUCGACAUGCUGCCUGACCACGCCUUUCUGCAGAUCUUCGCCCAUCUACCCACCAACCAGCUGUGCCGUUGCGCCCGCGUAUGCCGACGAUGGUAUAACCUGGCGUGGGACCCCCGGCUCUGGAGGACAGUGCGUCUGACUGGUGAUGUGGCACACGUGGACCGGGCGUUGCGGGUGCUUACGCGUCGUCUAUGUCAGGAUACACCAAACGUAUGUUUAACCGUGGAGAUGGUGGUGUUGAAUGGCUGUCGCAGACUUACCGACCGUGGCCUUUACACGGUAGCACAGUGCUGCCUCGAGCUGCGGCGCCUCGAUCUGGCCGGCUGCUACAACGUGUCCAAUGAGGCUGUGUUCGAAGUUGUCUCACGAUGCCCUAACCUGGAGCACCUGGAUGUCUCAGGAUGCUCGAAGGUGACGUGCAUCAGUCUGACACGUGAAGCAUCCAUCAAACUUUCACCUCUCCACGGCCAGCAGAUCUCCAUCCGCUACCUGGACAUGAGCGAUUGCUUUGCUCUGGAGGACGAGGGUCUGCACAUCAUCGCGGCUCACUGCACACAGCUCACGCACCUGUAUCUGCGCCGCUGCGUGCGCCUGACCGAUGAGGGUCUGCGUUUCCUCAUCAUCUACUGCCCGGUGGUGCGUGAGCUGAGCGUUAGUGACUGCCGCUUCAUCAGCGACUUCGGGCUGCGCGAGAUCGCCAAGCUGGAGGGUCACCUGCGCUACCUGAGCAUAGCUCACUGCGUCCGCAUCACUGACGUCGGAGUGCGCUACAUCGCUAAGUACUGCUCCAGGUUACGUUAUCUGAACGCCCGAGGCUGCGAGGGCCUCACGGACCACGGCAUCGAGCACCUGGCCAAGAGCUGUCCCAAGCUCAAGAGCCUGGACAUCGGGAAGUGCCCGCUGGUGUCGGAUGCCGGGUUGGAGGUACUCGCACUCAAUUGCUUCAAUCUGAAGCGCCUGAGCCUGAAGGCAUGCGAGAGCAUCACGGGCCGCGGGCUACAGGUGGUGGCGGCCAACUGUUUCGACCUGCAGCUGCUUAACGUGCAGGACUGCGAUGUGUCGCUCGACGCUCUGCGCUUCGUCAAGCGCCACUGCAAGCGAUGCAUCAUCGAACACACCAACCCCGCCUUCUUCUGAAAGCUACCCAAAAUUGACAGACUGAUACACAAGAACAUGUCCGUUUUUUUUCUUUUUUAUUUUUUAUAAAAUCUCCAUGCAGCUAUGACGACAAUCUCAUAUACAUCCUGCUAACAAGCUCUGUUUCUAUUCAUUGUUAGCAAUUCUAGCACUUUGGGGUUCCAGGAAGUAAGGUCUGUAUACACUAAGAUGACGUAUGUACACCGAUCAGGCAUAACAUUAUGACCCCUUACAAGCGAAGUGAAUAAGACUGAUGAUCUCCUCAUCAUGGCACCUGUUAGUGGGUGGGAUAUCUUAGGCAGCAAGUCAACAUUUUGUCCUCAAAGUUGAAAGCAGGAAAAAUGGACAAGCGUAAGGAUUUGAGCCUGAGUUUAACGAAGGACCAAAUUGUGAUGGCUAGACCACUGGAUCAGAGCAUCUCCAAAACUGCAGCUCUUGUGGGGUGUUCCCGGUCUGCAGUGGUCAGUAUCUAUCAAAAAUGGUCCAAGGAAGGAACAGUGAUGAACCGGAGACAGGGUCAUGGGCGGUCAAGGCUCAUUGAUGCACGUGGGGAGAGAAGGCUGGCCCGUGUGAUCCGAUCCAACAGACGAGCUACUGUUGAUCAAACUGCUGAAGACGUUAAUGCUGGUUCUGAUAGAAAGGGGUCAGAACAGUGCAGGACCAACACAAAAUUAGGCAUGCGGUCAUAAUGUUAUGCCAGAUCGGUGAACAUCUACUUGCCAAAGCUCGAUCAGAUCAUCUUGAUUACUCUCACUACAGAUCUCUGGAUUGAAUAUUAACAGAAUUAGCUUAAUGUAUGCAGACCUUCAGAGAUUUUCUAUGCAAAGGUUCCUCCUUACCGCAAAUGUAGUCCGUCAGCGAGAGAUGUGGUUGCUUUCUGGUAUUUAGUUUCACACUGAAACUCUUCAGCUAACGAUAUUCAGUCAUGCUGCUGUGGUUGAGGACACAGUGUGACUUAGCGAUUAGCAAACAUUGUGGAGAUGAAUUCCGGGAAACUCUGGCGGCCAUUUUGUGAUCGUUUACCCUUCGAAAGGUUUACCUCAGAAAAGUCUGAAGGUAGCAUUUACCACAGAAAAAAGGUCUAGAUGUUGAAAACUUUCUGCUGUUCAACACAUUUAUUCAUUAAUUAUGAAUAUUUAUGUAAAUUAGCUUCAUGGCUCCAAUCCAAAACACCAAACACAUCUUUCCACAUCGACUACAUUUACAGAAGCAGGAACCUGAAACUGGGUACAAUUUGUUUUCUUUCUUACUCUCGACACAUUUUAUAAUAUGUUCUGUUUUGAUUUUUUAAAGCAAGGACUGUUUUUUUUUUAUGUGUUUAACCCAUAUUUAUGCUUGGUCUGUAUUUUCUCAUACCUUCUUCAUCCCGUUAAUUAUAUUACAGCGCUCGUGUACAGAUGUGGGUUUUUUUUUAUUAUUAUUAUUUUUGGAAAAGGGACAUUUUUGAAGCAAAUAAACAUCAGACACGUUUCCUUUUGAGACACAGGA